CGGACUGACAACUCAUGGGGCCCCCAGGCAAUAGGGGAUCAUGGGGCCCCUGUGUCCUUGCCCAAACUCAAAAAAGCCUAUGAAAAAGGUACCAGGGGCAUCUCAUGGGACCCCCUACUGACCCCGGGCCCUUGGGCAGUGCCCGAGUUUCUAAAUGGUCAGUCCACCCCUGGAACCUGCUUAUUUGCCUCAACUCACCAUGUAGCAAUGCAUAAGUUGCCACGUGUCUAAAUCAUGGCACAGUAAAGCGAGUUAUGAAUGUUGUUGUGCAAUGAUGCCAUUCAUUCUAAAUGGCACCCCAACACAC